GAACGGGAUCGGGAUCGGGAUCGGGAUCGGGAACGGGACUGCAUCCCGGGGUCUGGGACCGGGACUGCGACUGGGAUUAGGGCUGGAACCGGGACCCGGGGUCGGGACUGUGACUGGGAUUAGGGCUGGAACCGGGACCCGGGAUCGGGACUGAGACUGGGAUUAGGGCUGGAACCGGGACCCCGGAUCGGGACUGUGACUGGGAUUAGGGCUGGAACCGGGACCCGGGGUCGGGACUGCGACUGGGAUUAGAGGUAGAACCGGGACCCGGGAUCGGGACUGCGACUGGCAGCGGGUCCCAGGCCUCGGAGCGGCACCGGCGCUUAGGAGCGGCACCGGCGCGGGGCCAUGCCGUACCUGGGCGGCGAGGAGGCGCAGCGGGAGCUCCGGCGGGCGCUGUCGAACCCGCACGUGCAGGCGGACCCGGCGCGGUACCGCGGCGCCGUGCUGCGCGUGAUCCGGCUGAUGUCGCAGGGCGCCGACGUGUCGGGGCUGUUCCCGGAGAUGGUGAAGGCGGGCGCGGUGGCGGACGUGGUGCAGAAGAAGCUGGUGUCGUUCUACGUGCGCGCCCAGGCGCCGCGGCAGCCGCAGCUGGCGCUGCUCGCCGUCAACUCCCUGCGCAAGGACUGCGCGCACCCCAGCCCGGCCGUGCGGGGGCUCGCCCUGCGCACCAUGUGCGGCCUCAGGAUGCCCGGGAUCCAGGAGUACCUGCAGCAGCCGCUGGUGAACGGGCUGCGGGAUAAGGCGUCCUAUGUGCGCAGGGUGGCCGUGCUGGGCUGUGCCAAGAUGGUGAAGCUGCAGGGGGACUGCGAAGUGGAUGGCGCUCUGGUGAACGAGCUGUACAGUUUGCUUCGGGACCAGGACCCCAUUGUGGUCGUGAACUGUCUGAGGGCCUUGGAAGAGAUUUUGAAGAAGGAGGGAGGUGUUGUCAUCAACAAACCCAUUGCCCAUCAUCUCCUCAACAGGAUGCCUGACCUGGACCAGUGGGGGCAGAGCGAGGUGCUCACCUUCCUGCUGCGCUACAAACCCCGCAGCGAGGACGAGCUCUUCGACAUCCUCAACCUGCUCGACGGCUACCUCAAGAGCAGCAGCCCCAGCGUGGUGAUGGCAGCCACCAAGCUGUUCCUGGUGCUGGCCAGGGAGUACCCAGAUGUGCAGGCAGAUGUGCUGGUGCGGGUGAAGGGCCCGCUGCUGUCUGCCUGCACCUCGGAGAGCAGGGAGCUCUGCUUCACCGCGCUCUGCCACGUGCGCCAGAUCCUCAGGAGCCUGCCCGGCCACUUCAGCAGCCACUACAAAAAGUUCUUCUGCUCCUACUCGGAGCCCCACUACAUCAAAUGCCAGAAGAUGGAGGUGCUGUGUGAGCUGGUGAAUGAUGAGAACGUGCAGCAGGUGCUGGAGGAGCUGAAGGGUUACUGCACUGACGUGUCGGAGGAGCUGGCGCAGGGAGCGAUCUUUGCCAUAGCCAAUAUUGCCAGGACAUACACAGAGCAGUGUGUGGGGAUUCUGACUGAGCUUCUGGGGCUUCAGCAGGAGCACAUCACCUCAGCUGUGGUCCGUGCUUUCCGGGACCUGGCCUGGCUGUGUCCCCAGUGCACAGAUGCCGUGUGCCAGGCCCUGCCUGGCUGUGAGGACACUAUCCAGGACAGUGAGGGCAAACAAGCACUGAUCUGGCUCCUGGGCACCCAUGGGGAGAAGAUCCCGAACGCUCCCUACGUCUUGGAGGACUUUGUGGAGAGCGUGAAGUCGGAGUCGUUCCCAGCAGUGAAGAUGGAGCUGCUGACGGCGCUGCUGCGGCUGUUCCUGGCCCGGCCCGCCGAGUGCCAGGACAUGCUGGGCAGGCUGCUCUACUACUGCAUUGAGGAGGAGCAGGACAUGGCCGUGCGGGACCGUGGGCUGUUCUACUACCGCCUUCUGCAGUCUGGGGUGGAGGAAGUGAGGAGGGUCCUGUGCAGCCCCAAGUCUGACCCCUCCAUGGGGCUCCUGGGGGACCAGAGCAAGCAGCCUGUCAAUGCCUGGGCUUCGGAGUUCAACACUCUGGCCACAAUUUAUGGCAGAGAGCGCUGGGCCCUGGCCACUGCUCAGCAGCCUGUGGAACCCUCUCACUCCUGCCCUCCUUGUGCUGACUCCAGCAGCAGAGACACAGAAUCACUGGUUUCUGAAGGGAAUAAGGAAGUCCCUGAAGUUCAUCCUGAUACUCCGAUGUCUGAAGGGAAUAAAGAACUCCUCAAGGCUCACCCUGAUGCAGGCAGCCUAAGCUUGAUUCCUGAUGUUUCCCUGACUGCAGAACAGUUUGAGAAGACCUGGCUGAGCCUGGACACGUGCUGCCAGCUCUCUCUGCCCUGGUGUGGGCCUGUCCAUGCAGACACCAUCCAGACAGCCCUUCGUGUUGUGCACAUCCAGACCAUUGCCAUGAGCAAAGCUGGAGCCCAGCCCUGGAAAGCUUAUCUGAGUGCCCAGGAUGACUCAGGCUGCCUCUUCCUCACAGAGCUCCUGCUUGAGGCAGCAGAUUCAGAGCUGCAGGUUUCAGUGAAGCAAAAUGAAGCAAAGCCAGAGGCGCUGCAAUCCUUCAUCUCAGCCUUGAGGACAGUCCUGGAGGCAGUGGCUGGACUGGAGUCUUGAGUGGUCCCUGCUCCCAGCAGGAUGCAUGCUCAGGGCACAGGAAAAUCCGAUUUCUCUAGGUUCUCUUGCUCUACCCAGUGCUGGUUUGGUACUUUUAAACUGCAGAGUUUCCAGUUUACCUGGGAAGCCCGGGUGGUGUGGGGGAAGCUGCAGCUGGGGCUGGGGAGCAGGGCAGGGUGAAGGGUCUGCCCUCCCCCAGGCUGGGGAAAGGACAGGGUCACUGUGUGAGUCACAGGACUGGUGGCAUCUGUGGUGGGUGUCACGAGGCACAAACAUCACUGAUGGAACCAGAAGUGAGCAGAAUUCAGGGGUGUGUUUUGGAGAGGUUUUUUCCUGAGACUUAAAAAUAAUUUUUAAAAAACCCAAACCAAACACCAGAGGCACCAGGACUCUGCCACUUACCUCACAUUAAGAGGAACAGAGCAGUGAGAAGAGAAUCUUUCAUUCUUAGCUCCCAUUGCACUUGUUUUAAUUUGCUGUCUGGUUUCUGUAGUAGCUUUGCUUUGGGGUGAGCAGAGUUCUGCUGUGCCAGAGGAGGGCGGGCAGGGACAUCCUGCCUGCUGCAACCAGCGUGUUCCACUUCAAGAGGCAGACGUGGGUUUUUAAUUGAAAUUUGGUACUGAGGUGAGAAUUGUCCUCUCUGAAGUUUCCCCAGCUCCCCCCAGCUCCUUGACUGAGGGUGAGGUACACAGUGAGAUUGAUCUAACAGGACUUUAGGGUGCUCCGUGAGGAGCACAAGCUUCUUUUAACCCUCUUCUGAUUUCUUGUAAUUUUUGGUUUAUUUGAAUGACUUGUUUGUACCCUCAGAUGGCACUGUGCCUCCCAUGCACUUCACCGAAUCCCUGCCACUGUUAAACACACUUUCCUAAUAAAAAGGUGAAUCAUU